AUGGCUGAGAAGACCCACCAAGCUUAUCCUACAGCCCAAGCAAAUGGUUACACAAGAAGCGAUGGAGAAUCUUUGGUAUCUGAAGAUGAACUCAAGCGCAAGAAGAGAAUCAAAUUGUUUACCUACAUUGGUAUCUUCAUUGUGUUUCAGAUCAUAGUGAUGACAGUAUUUGGUCUCACUGUGAUGAAAGUCAAGACCCCCAAGGCCAGGUUGGGCGAAAUCAGAGUCCAAAGCCUCACAUAUGUCCCUGCAACACCUUCAUUCGACACAAAGUUCACAACCCAGAUAAGGAUCAAGAACACAAACUGGGGUCCUUACAAAUUUGAUGCAGGAACUGCCACGUUCCUGAACCAAGGCACUACUAUUGGGAAAAUUGAUAUUCCCAAGAGUAAGGCUGGCAUGCGUUCUACUAAGAAGAUCAAUGUCGAGGUGAGUUUGAAUGCUGAUGCUUUGCCAAGCAGUUCCAAACUUGGAAGUGAAUUGAGCAGCGGGGUGUUGACACUGACGAGCCAAGUUCAAUUGAAAGGCAAAGUCGAAUUGAUGCUCAUAAUGAAGAAAAACAAGAAUGCUUCAAUGGACUGCACCAUAGCCUUCGAUUUGUCAUCAAAGACGGUCAAGAGCUUAGAAUGCAAAUGA